AUGAGCUGGACAAUAACUCUGAAAGAUGCCUUUGAUGGGAAUCCCAGGACUCAGCGAGCAAGGACCUACCUCAGCCUUUAUCUGCUCUUGUCUCUCUUUUUCUUGUCAGUCCAGCCAGACUUUGUGUUUUCUAAGGACCAACAGUUCUCAUGGAAAACAGGGCAGUGGAGUCAAUGUAUUGGGGAAAAGUGUGGUUCUGGUGGGGUUCAGACAAGGACAAUAUGGUGUGUCCAUACAGAGGGUUGGACUACUCACUACACUCACUGCCAGCACAUGGACAAGCCAGAGAGCCAAAGGGACUGCUUUAAGGUCUGUGAUUGGCACCAGAACCUCUUUGAGUGGGAAGUCUUGGACUGGGGCCACUGUGUUCUUGCCCCGCUUUUUUUUAAGGAACUCAAGCUGAGAAAUACUGAAUGCAUUACAGCACAGCAUGGCAUUCAGAAGCGUAAAGUCCACUGUGUACGCACUUCAAAUCACACCACUGUCACUGCAAGGAUAUGUGAGUUUUUUUCCCCAAAACCUCCCGCUGAGCAGGCAUGCCUCAUUCCUUGCCCACAGGACUGUGUAGUUUCAGACUUUACCUCCUGGUCAAGCUGCAGCAAAACCUGCGGGGUUGGCCUGCAGCAUCGGACCCGACAUGUCCUGGCCACACCAAUUUAUGGUGGAGAAUCCUGUCCAAACUUGACUGAGACAAGACCUUGUUCUAACCCUCUCGGCUGCCCUACUGGGGAGAGCAAAUACCAUUUCAGCCUUAAAGCAGGGGCCUGGAGUGAAUGCCGACUCUUGCCUCUCAAGGAUACCUUUUUAAGAGGCAGGACUACAAUGGACUUCAACACCAGCUUUGAUGAAAACAAGACAGUCACAAUGCACAAACAACUUUCUCAUCACCACUCUCAUCAGCACCAACACCAAUCUCUGGUGCACAGGAAUCCGCUGUUAUGGGAACUUGAAGUGGGAUACCGUAUAAGACAAGUCCGUUGUAUACGAAGUGAUGGCAAGAAUUCUAUGCAGAGUCUCUGUAUCAAGGACAACUCUCCCUUAACCUUCCAGUUGUGUGUGAUGCCUAAAGACUGUCAGACAUCUGAUUGGUCAUUGUGGAGUCCAUGCUCUAAGACCUGCCGGUCCACAGACCUGUCUCCUGGUUACCGCCUCCGAUCACGGAUCAUGACACACAUCCCAGUUGGAGGGGGGAAACAAUGUCCUGCCCUUAAGGAAAAGGAGGCUUGCAACAUCAUAGGAGAUUUACUUCCGAUCUGCCCAAGGUUUGUCUGGAGGACCACUGACUGGGGGGAGUGUCAUGUUCUCCCCUUAUUGAGCCAGCAGGACCAGCGGCUUGGUAACAUCAGUAAUCUGUGUGGAGGAGGUAUCAGGAGUAGGAGGCCUUACUGUGUUCAGGUGUCUGAUGACUCCGCUCUACAUGACGGGAAGGAGGUUUCCAGGCCUGUGGAUGCGAGUCUGUGUGCUUCUGAGGAACCUCCCUCAUCUGUCCAACACUGUUACAUCUCCUGCCAGCACCACUGCCUGCUCUCACACUGGUCUCCCUGGGGUGCCUGCAUACAUGACAACUGCAGAGAACCACAAGGGAAAAAAGGUUUCAGGAAGAGGACAAGAGAGGUUCUGUUGAAGUCAGGUAGUCCUCGACAGGCCUGCCCUCAUCUGGUUGAGUUCAUCCCCUGUGAGGAUCCAGCCUGCUAUCUGUGGCAGGUCCAACAAGAAGGAGGAUGCAUUCUGAAUAAAACCACCUGUGGUCCUGGAACAGUAGCCCGGAAGGUGACCUGCAUCAGUACUGAAGGGAAAGAUGUUCAGAAUGCACACUGUCUAGAUGACCCUCCCCCCACAGAAGUGGCCUGUGAGGUGGUUUGUCCAGAUGAUUGUGUUGUUGGCCCCUGGUCUCUCUGGUCACCCUGCUCCCACAGCUGUGCUUCAAAACUGACAGAGGGUCAACAGAGCCGCACUCGCUCUAUGUUGGCAAUCCCAGGCAAAGAAGGGAGGAACUGCCCUGCAGCUCCAGCCCUGGAGGAGUGGAGGGUCUGCAAUGAUCAUCCUUGUAUAGUUUUCUACUGGGAUGCCUCACCCUGGGGCCCCUGUAUAGAAGAUGCCUCGAUGAAUAUAAGUGGACUCAACCUCUGGAAUGAGACUCCUUCCUGUGGUGUUGGUGUACAGAUUCGAAGAGUUAGUUGCAUGAAGAUGAACUUUGGUCCUGUCCAAAAUAAAAGGUGUUCAGAAUCUACUCGCCCAGAGAGCAUCCAACCUUGUUCCCUUGCCUGCAAGAAAGACUGCAUUGUAACACCCUUCAGUGAAUGGUCAGCCUGCCCGACAUCCUGUAUACCAGAUAAUACAACUCAAACCACACAGUCUCGAUAUAGGAUCAUCAUUCAGAGGCCAUCAGGGGGAGGUCAGGAGUGUCCUGACACACUGUAUGAAGAGAGAGAGUGUGAAUCACUUCCUGUUUGCCCCGUUUAUAGGUGGAAGCCACACCAAUGGCACAGCUGUAAAGUGGUUCCAGAUUCAGUUCAUCGUGGUUUACCUGGACAUGGAGAAGCCUGCGGGAAUGGCUUAGAAACAAGAGGGCUCAGUUGUGUCAAGGAGAGUGAUGAGCCGGCCAGUAUGACAGAAUGCCUGCGAUGGGCUGGCCCCUUGCCCCCUCAAAUUAGACCAUGUUGGGUUGCUUGCAAGGAUGACUGCACCUUUACGGCGUGGUCAGAGUUCUCUGAAUGCUCUGGAUGUGGCAGCUCCCACAGCCGCAAACGCUCACUGACAGGUCCCAGUAAAAAGAGGGAACAUUGUCUCAAUGAGGAGUUGUACCCUCUGGAGGACACAGAAACCUGUCCCUGUCAGAAGUUUUUGUCCCUGCCCUUUGGGAACUGGUCCGCUUGCAUCCUCCCUGAUCCUUCAGCUCCUGGCCAGCAGGGCUGGAUGAACGAUAGGGAAAGGAAGGAGUGUGGUCCAGGCCUGCGUUACAGAGCUGUGGCUUGCAUUGACCAGAAGGGACACCUUGCCAAUCCCACACUGUGUACAGAUUCAGGCUUCAUGGUGGAGUCCUGCCACAUCCCUUGUCCCCUAGACUGUAAGCUCAGUGAAUGGUCACCCUGGUCAGCUUGCAGUGCAUCCUGUGGCAGUGGGUUAAAGAUCAGGUCCAAGUGGCUCAGGGAGAAAGCUUUCAAUGGUGGACGCCCAUGCCCAAGGCUGGAUUUGAAAAAUCAGGCUCAGGUGAACGAGGCAGUUACAUGCCACAGUGAAUGCAGCCAAUAUGAGUGGAGGAUCGAACCCUGGUCCAUUUGUGCCGUCAGCACAGUAGAUGGUCUGCCGGGCUGUGGGGAGGGAGUCCAAAGCCGCAAGGUCAGGUGUGUUAAGAAAGGAACGGGCAGUGAAGCCAGACAUGUGGAGGACAGUCUUUGUGAUUAUGAGGAAACACCACCCCGAGUCCAGGUGUGCUUCCUGGCCUGCCCUGGCGACUGCGUCGUGACUUCCUGGGGACCUUGGAGCAACUGCCCUUUGCAUUGUGACCAAGGAACAACAAGGCACAGGACCAGAGAUAUCCUCCGUCUUCCAGCCUCAGAAAACUCUUCCUGUCCAGAUCUGGUCCAGUCAGAGCCCUGUGUCCUCAACAGCACCUGCCUCACCUACCAAUACAGAGUCUCAGAUUGGAGUACAUGUCACCUAAGUGAACAAGCUAUCUGUGGUUUGGGAAUACGGAUACGUCUCUUGGACUGCAUUCGCAGCGAUGGCAAAACUGUGGAGUCCCAAUGGUGCGAGCAGUUGGGUCUGAUCAACAAGUGGAGGCUUUUUGAGAGCUGCAUGGUCGACUGUCCUGUCAGCUGCAUACUCUCAGACUGGUCACCAUGGGCUGAAUGUUCACACACCUGUGGCAGCAAAGGUCAGGCUGUACGCACCCGGAGAAUCCUGCAGGAAUCUCAUGAGGAGGGUCGUCCCUGUCCUACCCAGCUUGUCCAGACCAAACCAUGUCCAAUAAAGCCUUGCUAUACAUGGUUAUUGAGUGACUGGUCUCCUUGCAUUGUAGAGGGUGCGAGAUGUGGUGAGGGGCUUCGUAGAAGGAACCUUACAUGUAUUGUCCACUGGGGUGACUGGCCUGAAUCUUCUGCUGAACCUGUAGAUGAGGAGCUUUGUGGAGAUAAACUGAGGCAAGAGCUCCAACAGGACAUGGAGCAGUCCUGUUUUGUUCCCUGUCCAGGAGACUGCCAUCUGACUGUGUGGUCACCUUGGAGUUCCUGUCAGCUGACCUGCCUGGAGGGGCGGAGCUUUGAGACUACUGGUCACCAAGCCCGUUCCAGAGCAGUAAUCAUUCAGGUCACUGAGAACCAGGAGAGCUGUCCACACCAAGUCUUUGAAACCCGCCAUUGUAAAGGAGGGAAAUGUCACAGCUACCAGUGGAGGACAGGAGGAUGGAGCAACAACAAGAGAGAAGUGUGGUGUCAACGUUCCGAUGGUGUCAAUGUAACAGGGGGUUGUUUCCAACAGAAAAAGCCAGCUACAGUCAGACACUGCCAUCCUCCAUGCACCAAACCUUUUUCCUUCUGCACACCGAACGGUGUUUGUGGGUGUGAGAAGGGUUACACUGAAGUAAUGACCACACAUGGCUUCUUGGACUACUGCACCAGAACCCCGGGGGUGGAAAACAACAAGAAAGCUGAUGUGAAAACCAACUCUGGGAGAUUAAAACCUGGGCCGUCUCAAGCCCAGGACCUCUACAGGGAGUGGACCUUACGACCUGUUGGCCAAGAUGGAAGAGUAAAGCUUUGGGUUUAUGCUGUGACUGCCGUUGGAUUCAUCCUAAUACUCUUCAUUAUUGCUUUGUCCUUCCUUGUGUGCAGCCCGUCCAAAACUACUAAGACAUCUCCUCAACCCCAGAAACCCUUGACCUUGGCCUAUGAUGGGGACAUGGAUAUGUAAUACAUGCUUGGCCGCUGACUGACCAGCUCCUGACUUCCUCAGUUAGCAAUCAAGUCCAUCACAUAUCACAAAAUUUUGGCGAGUUAGCAAGCUGGGAAACUGUUUGCUGUGGGCCUUGUUGAAUGGCAGAAAUGCAGUGGAAAAAACUCUGAUUCUUGCACUUGAUGCUUAAGGCAAUAAGCCCAUAUUCAGGCUGUGGCCAAUUUUUCUCCCUGGAGAAGAGGAACCAAAACCAAACAUGGUGAAUAAGAUUUAGGCGUUUAAGCAUCUCUAUCUGGGCAUCAAAUGGACCUGUCGUAUCUUUUAUCAGACUGAAAUGUGAACAUAGUGGAAGAACUGUUUGCAAUCCAGAACCCAUGUAGACUCCUAUGAAGAAGGACAGAUGUGGAUCCAGAGAUGUGUUUUUUUUUUUUUUUUUUUUUGACAAUGCCUUUUUGAGAAAGACAGAAUAACAUAAAUUUGACUUUUAACUUUGUCUCAUCAGUGCUGGGUCUUUGUAAAAGAAAAUGUCACAAGCCUUUUGAAUAAACAUCCUUUUCUUUGUGCUGAGACUACACAGGAUGUUACAUGCACUACAUUAGUGCUAAUUUAUGAAUGUUUUUUCAUUUCAAAAGACUUUUCUAGUGUUUAAUUGUAAUGCGAGUUGUUAUUGCUAGAUUGUGUUUGUUGAUGAUGCUAUAUAUCGAAUUAUGUGGGAACUAAAACGCAGGCUUGCCUUGAACAAUGAAGCAGAUUCUUUUUUUCUGAUUAUCUUGGGACCAUUUGUAGUUUUGCUGAUAAACACCCUUGAGUCUUACAGUUUUCUUCAAACAUGGCAGAAAUGCAGUUAAGAAAUAACAGCACACAUUUCUUUUGAUUAAAAAGCUGAAUUCAGCAGCAGAUCAAACCUCAUAUGCACCUUUUCAUGGAAAGCAUAAAAAUAACUAAUCCCUUAAAAAGAUACUAUUACUAGAUACUAUUAAAAAAAAGGAAAAUUUCUCUGUGUCCCACACUUCUUUUUCAAGUAAAAUAAAGUUUUUAUUUGUUUAUUACUUUAGAGACAGGGCUCAAACCGUGACAGACAGCAAUUACCAAAUGUGUGCAAGCACACAUGAAUGCAAUGAGCUAACUCUUCUUCUGUUGUUUUUCUGUGAAGCAUUUUGUAUGAACCAGGUUUGUACAGUCAUGGACGAAAAU